CGUGUAGUGUUUAAAAACGUUAUACAUCAAACUUUAUCAUCCUUAUAUUAAGUAGGUGUUUACGUAGUUUUGUCUUCAAGAACCAGUAUUGCGAGUUAAACAGCAGACCAGUAGUAGUUUAUUCUUAAUCUGUUGAUCUAACUAAAUCCAACAGGAAGAGUAACAAGGCGGAUAACAGCGCCGCGUAGUGUUUACAAUGGUCAUGCAUCAAAACAUUACCUUCCAUAUAUUGACAUGAUCAAGAAGGUGUUUGCGUAGUUUUGUCUUCAAGAACCAGCAUUGCAAGUUAAACAGUAGAACAGUCGUAGUUUAUUGUUGAUCUUACUUAAAUCCAUCAGAAGUUUUCCUAUGGCAUCUGCUAGUUUCUGUGAUCCUUGCUCUGAAGCUAAUAAGUCAUUAACAGCAACAAAGUAUUGCUCCGAUUGUGAAGAAAGGCUUUGUACAGACUGUGGGGAAUCACAUUGCCGAUCCAAAGCAUUCAAAUCUCACCAUGUUAUCGACCUGUCGUCCAUCGGAUCCAAUAUUCUUACGUCUGCAAAGAAAAGCUGCAACGUCCAUUCAGAAAUGCUUUUGGAUUAUUACUGCACAGACCAUGAGAUCGUAUGCUGUAAAGCCUGUAUUUCUAAUGAACACAGGGUUUGUCAGAAUGUAAUUCCAUUGGAACUUGCCUCGAAAAAUGUUAAAAAGUCUGCACUGUUUAACGAUGUUAUGGAAGACAUAACGCAUUAUAUUACAACAUUGAAUGCUUUAAACGAUAACAGACAGUCAAACUUACAAUCAUUAGAGAAAUCUAAAUCAGUAAUAACUAAGCAGAUGCGAGCAGUAAAAUCCAAAUUGUUGAAACAAAUUGACGAGCUGGAGCGUGAACUUACCACCAGUUUCUCUUCUCUCCAAAUAAAACAUGAAAUGGAAAUCAACAAACAAAAACAAGACAUAUUACAAGUCUUGGUCAAUGUAAAAGAAAAUAAAAAUGAAAUGGAUUUCUUGAGAGAUCAUGGAUCAAAUAAUCAGGUCUUUAUAUUCUUACUUCAACAAGUAACAAAUAUUCAUUCCGCCGAGACAAAGAUUCAGCAGAUGAUAUCCGAUUCACAAGAAAUCAAUAUUACCUUUGAUGAAAAGAAAGUGGUAAAUUUUGAGUCUCUAGGGUCACUGUUAGAGUAUACUCAACCAUGUCAAGUUCAAUACAAACCAAGGAAAUUUCAACAGGCCCAGAUAAAUGCAGAACCAAUGAAACGCAUUGCUGAAUUUGAGAAGGAUACGGAAGUAAAACUAAAACCUGGGGUGAAAUAUGAUCUUCGAGCUGUAUCAAUCACAAAUGAUAAUAAACUACUCCUCAUUAAUGAUUCGUACUCAGAACCGAAAAUGUAUGUCUACAGAGACUGUAAAGAUUAUGAGACAGAUAUAACAUUUUCCACUAUACCUUGUGGUGCUGCUGUGAUACCCGGUACCGACAGAGCUGUUGUUACUCUACCUUACGAUAACUCUAUACAAUUUAUAAACACCACAACGAUGACAAAGGGCGACAAAGUUAACGUUGGAUUUCUGUGUUAUGGUAUCACUGCUGGACGUGAGAGAAUUUACGUUGGUAGUUUCGGUGGUACUAUCAAAACAUUAGACACAAAAGGGACAAUUUUAAAAACAAUUCAACAAACCUCUGAUGAUAUCUUCUUUAUGGCAUACAAUGAUAUUCAUGAACAAUUGAUAGUUAGAUGUUCUGGCAAACUAUUUUGUAUUAAAUUAGAUGGAACACUUAUACAUAGAAUGGAUGUUUCAGGAACAGCAGGUGUAACAUUUGAUCGACAGGGGAACAUUUAUUUCGGGGGUAACCUUACAAGCAACAUACAGAGACUGGCAUCAGAUGGAAAACACUGUGAAGAAAUGCUGAACGAAGACAAUGGCAUUAACCAUCCGUUUGGAAUGUGUUUUAACAAUGACUUCACAAAACUGUUUGUUAUCAAUAACGGUUGCAAGUCCGUAUCUGUAUACAAAUGCAAGUAAAUAUACUUGUAAUUAACAUAAAUACUUGAAAUGGGAUUUGUAUAUCAAUAUUUUACUUUGAUAUAUACAAAAGUGCAUAGUUUUAGUUUUUGCAGUGCAAUUUUCUAUUUUAUAUGAAGUGAAGAAGGACAAUUAGCAAUGCCUUUCAGUAUUUGUCAUUUAAAAGUUGUGUGAAAUUAAAGACCGAAGGUUCGAAAUUGAAAAUAUUUGAAAUCCAUAAUGAAAUGAAACAAACUAAUAUAUUGUAACAUAGUUUGUAAUCGUGCCUUCUAUUAAUCAGCUCUAAAAUAUAAUAAUAAUAAUGUUGAAGUGAUCUGAAUAAUCAUAUACCGAUAGUGAAAUUUUCAUUUGUUAUACAGGUUAUGGUAUUCAUUUCUGUAUGUCUUCUACAAUAUUGACAUUAAUAUUAAAACUCACAAAACUCACGAG